CAAGAGAAGAACAAAGACACAAUAAUCUCUCUUUCUCUCUAAGAAGAAAAGACAAAACACCAAUGGAAGAGUUGGGUUCUAUUUGGUUUUACCAAGAGAGCAUGGAUGAAUUAAGACAAAAGCUUCAAUAUAGUUCCUUUGAGCUCGAAGCUGUGAAAGCAAAAGCUAAUGAAGAAACAAAGCUUCAUCAAGAAGAAGUAAAGAACCUUCUUCAUCUUCUCAAACUUGCUCGUCAAGAAAGAGACGAAGCUAAAGAUCAAUUACAAAAACUUCUCACGAUCAAAACAAACUCGAGUAUCACCGAGUCAAACUCACACGGUUCUUCACCUGUCGACUCAUUCUUCGAACCGGUCUCGUCCCCUGAAUUCUCCAAUUUCAACAUGGUGUUACCGGAACCGGUUAACCAAAUCAAAUUCAAGAACCGACAACAACAAGAACCUGUGAACCGGAGGAUCUUGAAGAAGGUUGAUCCAGUGGAAGCUCUAAUGGAUGAGAUUGUUAAAGGCAAAUCAUUACCGGAGAAAGGGAAGCUUCUUCAAACUGUGAUGGAGUCUGGACCGUUGCUUCAAACACUUCUUGUCGCCGGUCCACUUCCACGGUGGCGUAAUCCUCCGCCGCUUCAACAGAGUUUUAGGGUUCCUCCGAUCUCGAACUCUUACGGUUGUUUGCCGACUACGACAACGACGACGUCGUCAAUGCUGAAUUUUAGAGGCUGUUCUGUCUCUGGAAUUGCUACCGGAAUUGAAGUUGCCACCAAACGACAAAGAUUUCAUUAGUGUUUUUGUUGUUACAAUUAUUUUUACUUUUAUUGCUCUGCUUUUGUCUUUCUUUUUUUUGGUUAUUUAGUUUAGUUGUUUGGGAUUAUAUUAUUGUAAAGAUUUAAAAGUGGAUUUUGAGGGUUUCUAUUAAAUAUU